GAGACUAUCAUUAUGAAAAUUUAUGCGAAAAUCUUUGUUAUACUGAUACUUGGAGAAUGAUGUUGCACGCACAUAAAUUAUUCAUACCAUUGAGAAACAAUAAUAAUGAUGACGAGAAAGAAGAGAAGGAAGUAAUUGAUGAAAUAAAGUCUUUGGAUAUAGAAUCUGAUGAUCCAUUCUCUAAUUUAGUCUAUGAUUCCUAA